AUGGAAAACGAAGAACUGGAUUGCCAGAUGCUUAUGGAAAGCCGAAUCAUUUUCAAAGAUGUUACGAUUGAGUUAUCUCCCCUCCAUCAAAACGUUAACGAAGAAGUGGUUCACGAGAGUUUUUUUCAAUGGGCGACGGAUGAUGGACAAGCGCCCUUUUCAAACUUUCUCAAGCAAAAUACAUCCGUCACGUUCGUCAGUUCGCGCCCAUACGACAGUAGAGUGCAUUUGGUAUGGACAAACCCAAUGCCGAUUGAUUUAAGCGGGCUGCCAGGUCUUUAUCGCAUUCUAGUGAUUCGUGACAUUACGCAACGACUUAGACUGCUGGACGAGCAAAACGAUGAAGAUAACAAGAUGCUGACUGGGAGCGGCGAAACGACUAUCAAUUUCAAAUUAGAAGAUAUCGAAUUUUCAUUGCUGUUGGUGCCGACGAACAACCAACCGGGCAAUGCAUUGUUAACAAUGCAACGCAAUGCAGGCGAACCUUACGGAGAACGGCAUGGCGAGGUCGAGGAAUUCAAUUGUUUCGAAAAACUGGACGCCAAAGAAAUUGAUUCCGUCGUGAGCAAUGCCCGACGAACGGGAAAGCAAAUCACGGACAGGGAUAUCAACAACAGCGAGGAAGAUGAAAUCAAAAAGAAAAUGGCCGAAGAAAUGAAUUUCUUCAUGUUGCUUUACGAUUUCGAAGUGGCCCGUCGUUUGCAGAGACCUUUCGUCCAUUACAGUCACGUCUUCGAUUCGCUGCCCAUCGGGAUCGGGAUUGCAAUGAUUCACCGCAUCAACAGUAGAACAGUAAAUCAAAGGUGGAUAUUCUUUUCGGGGCUUUUUCUGGGCAAUGGUGAAUCAAGAAAACGCGUUUUAGAUGACAUUGUAAUGGCAUUCAAAGGAUGGAACGAGCAGAGAAGAUGCUGGACUGAAUUGGAUUUGAUCAACAUACUGCGCGAGCAGUUUGGUUCACGAAAAAUGUUUCGCUGAGAGACAGGCACGACUGAUAAAUGUACGUUUCUCUCUAUUCCAUCUCUUUUAAACAAUUGACAAGACAGGUAAUGACAUUAACUUUCUGACGUUAACGUUUAACGGGA